CUGUAGGGAACUUUAAUCAGAACAAACUGCGAUAAGAAGAAGACACAAGGAGGAACGAGGAGCCGCAUCAAUCACGCGACAUGCUGCGAAGCUUCGUUUCUUCACACUGGUUGGACUCGGCGCGUUUCGUGAGGCAUCUCUGAGUCACUCGGACACUACUUUCCAGUUCAACCUAUUCUUAAAACUCGGCUUUCCUGUACUGAAAUCAACAUUUAUCAAUAUCACUGACGCCUGUGAGACCGCCAUAAAACCUGCUGGUUACCAUCACUUUUCAAGUUGAUCAACACCUUUUGCCAAGGUUGAGCGCAAUGGCACCUUCUUGUCCUAAUCCCUAUGAACUGGAUAUUUCCCUCUCCCACCUUAAGUAAGAGCUGAAGACAAUUUUCUGAGGUCAAGAUGCAAAUUCUUUCAGCUGUUUUGCUUCUGUUCUGUUUGCACAAGGUCAUAUGCAGAAGAGUACAUAUUCCAGAGGUGGGGCUUGUAGACUGGGGGGAGGCUGAUAAUGAGGAGAACCUCCCCCCCAAAGGUGCCAGCCCUCGUGUCCUCAACCCCCUGCGCCUCUUCGCCCGGGGAUCUCCUGGGUUCAAGAGCAACAUGAGGGAGAUAACAUAUUUGGAAAACCUAGAGGACUCCUGGGACUGGUUAUCUAACCAGACAGAUGUGAGAGAGACGCAGAGCAGGACUAAACGCAGACCUAUUGUGAAAACAGGCAAGUUUAAAAAAAUGUUUGGCUGGGGCGACUUCAACUCCAACAUCAAGACUGUGAAAUUGAAUCUGCUCAUUACAGGGAAAAUAGUGGACCAUGGAAAUGGCACGUUCAGUGUUUACUUCCGACACAAUUCCACAGGCCUGGGAAACGUGUCUGUCAGUCUAGUGCCACCCUCUAAGGUGGUAGAGUUCGAGAUGGCUCAGCAGUCCACUCUGGAGACCAAAGACUCUAAAUCUUUCAACUGCCGUAUCGAGUACCAGAAAACGGACCGCAGCAAAAAGACUUCACAUUGCAGCUUUGGCCCGUCCAAUGUGUGUUACCAAGAGUCGACCCAGAGUCACGUCUCCUGGCUCUGCUCGAAGCCCUUCAAAGUCAUAUGCAUCUACAUAGCCUUCUACAGUGUUGACUAUAAACUGGUGCAGAAAAUCUGCCCAGAUUACAAUUAUCACAGUGACACACCGUACGCUUCCACGGGUUAAAGUCCAGUCAAGUCAGGUUUGAAUCCUCGACAUUGAUAUUCAAGAGAAUUUAAACAUGGUCAACCACAAUGGUACCUUGCAGCAUUGAACCUUAUUUUCACCAUGUGUUCCAUCUGAUUUUGAAGCAAUUAGAAUAAAUCCAGAUGUUUUGCAUUAGGCUAAACUACAGGCAUGUGCUUCAACUUCUGUCUUUCUUGAAACAGCAGUCACAACAUUUUAAUGGCAAACUAUUUUAAUUCUUUUGGUUUUGGUUUAACCUAUCUGUUACCGUUAAAAAUACAGUGUGGCUGUUACAUGCUUCUAUGUAAAUCACCACUGAAGAGUCACAAUUUGAACAUUUCCUCCCCAACAAUUGAUCUUGAAUCAGAAACCAACCUAUUACUGUAACAUAUACAAAAUUUGUUAUUUAGGAUUUCAUGAAGUUUCAGGCUAAAAAACAGGAAGGUUUGAAGGUGCAUUCAGAAUUUGUUUUCUUUUUACUAAGUACUAAACUUCUAAACAGAAGCAAAUAGUAAUAGUAGAAUAGUACAUGUACAUUUACGCUUAUAUUUAUUCAUUUAGCUUUUAUCCAGAAUGACUUACAAAUAGGAACAUAAGCAAAUUGUCAUACAAAAGUCAACAAUAUCUGCAGGAUCACAUUGCCAAGUUCCAAGAGUACCUAGAGCAGUAUAGAAGCUAUCGCAAAAGAAAGAGACAGACAAGGAAUUUUAUUAUUAUUAUUAUUAUUAUUAUUAUUAUUAUUAAAUAAUUACAUAGUAAGUGCCAUUAGUGUAGACUAGUUAAGUGCUCAUGGAAGAGAUGUGUUUUCAGUAUUUUUGAAGAAUAGAUUUAAAAUGAUGUCCACUCACAUGAGAUGAAGACUCUAGUCAUAUCAGUUUUAGAGAAAAAGUUGCUUUAUUCAACAAAUGGUGCUGGUCACACAUUCAUAAGCACCGCCAUGUUAAGAUCACAUGACAAGCCGAGUAUUACCUAGAUAAUUAUUAUCUCGAUAAUCCCGUUAUUGGAUGCUUUCACUCACGGAAUAAAUUAAUCAUGGUUGACUGAGCGCAUUUUUUUUUUCUGUUUUAGCACGAUGCGGCAUCUACACCACCAUGUGUCAGCCUAUUGUAAACUUGAAUUUUAUUGUGCAUCUUUAAACACAACACAUCCCACGGUCCCUGUUUAUAAAUUUUUUCAGUUGGCGCUGAGAUUGGACUGUGGAGAGUUUUUCAAAAAUGCUAUGUCAAACAAAUAAAUCACACACCUAUAGAGGAUUGAAUAUACUGUACGUGAAACACCUGUUUUCAUAGCGAGGUUUAUGUGUAGGUAAGUUUGUGUGUUUUAUUGGCCUCUCGUUUAGCACAAAAUUGUGAAAACUAUUUUCAUGUGGAGAGCUUAUGAAGUUGUCAGGAUUAGUGCAAUCGGGUUAAAUCAUUCAGCAAAGACAUCUCGUACAAAUUACUUUUAGUCAUUUCGCAUUUCACAAAAGCUCUAUGUAUAAAUUGAGAUUUGUGUAUAAUUUCAAAGAGUCAUUUGUGAUGUCUCAGGAGAGCACAAUUAAUUGGACAGGUGGAUUUAGUGAAACUGGCAGCCGGUUAACAACCCUUUGUCAUGGUCCUGCCACAGAGAUCCACAUUUUCAGGCUCUAAUUAACAUUAAUUAUAGUGGGAAAUUGCACUUACAAACCAUGACAGAGGGACUGAAGCCAAAAAACUGAAAUUUAGUCAUGUCGCAAACCUCUAUUCAUGCCAGUGACUUUGGGCUGUAAUCAAACUCUUUCCUGUCCUUUUAAGAGAUACUGUAUUUGUCCUAUAUUCGAGAAGAGAAAAUGUAUCUGAAUAAAAACAUUUUUUUUUUUUUUGCUCUGUUGCACGGUUGCCAAUUUAUGCCAAGCACAUGAGGUGGAAAUAUUGAGGGUAAUUUAAUAGGUUAUUUGAGUCUACCUUGUACUGAUUCUUUUUUUCAUUUAAAAGACUAUGUAGAGAUCAAUUGAAGAAAUGCUUUGUGUAAUUUUUGUUUAUAUUCUAGUCUAAAUGUCAGUGUGACAAUGAACCACUCAAAAUGCCAUAGUCUUAUAACCAGAACUGGAAUUCUCAGGUUCCAUAUGCAUAUGCCAAAUAGUUAAUGGCAAUUCAUUUAAUUCUUCCUUCAUCACGGGCUAGUGGUCUGGAUCACAGUUAUGCUCGAAGUGAAGAAUGAGAUGGAUAAUUAAUUGUACUGAUAUGACUCUGCGCCGUUGUCUUGCCUCACGUACAUUAACACCAAGACCAUGUUGAUAUAAAGAUAGCUGUUUAUAAUUGUAUUUAGUUUAUAACUGUGUGCAAUUUGGCGAAUAGUGUAUAAAUAUGACAAUAUAAAGGUGUGUGUAUUUUGCCUUUGAAGGAUAAAUUUGUUUAUUUUAUCUCUUAAUACAGUAAGAAAUCUUUUCCUACUUUAUGUGUUGGACUGGUAUCUGAAAUGGAUGUAGAUUUUAGUCAUCUUGCUUGUCACAGCUUUAUUUUUCCGAACUGCAAAUUGUAUGCUUUAUGUUUGUCCUCGAUAUUUCUGUAAAAUACAAGAAAAGAAAAAAGCAUGAGGAAAAUACCUGAGCUGUCAGCCUUUAUUUUAAGUUUUAACCCUCUAUGGUGCACAUGCUCUAACAAUGAAAUACUUCCCCAUUCCAUCCAUCCAUCUAUCUAUCAUCCAUCCAUCCGUCCAUCCAAAUGGGAGCAUUUCUUUUUUCUUUGAUCAUUUUACAUUGUGGUACAGAAUUGCCAUUUGUCAAGUAUGGCAAUUCAACACCAUAACUUAAUAUGCUAAAAAAAAAAAAAAAAUCGCGGGGAUUCCAAGUAGGUUUAAAUCAUCAAAUAGCCUGUAAAAUUUUUCACUUCUCUCAAAUUUCAUGACUAUACUUUUAUACUCUUGCAUCUCCUACGAACUCAAAAUGAGUGAAUUGUUUUUAUUUAUCAUUAAAUAUUGUUCUAAAGCUCCCAGCUCAUACUCUCACAAUAGAGCAAUUUUUGAAUCACUUUAGCACGUCUUUCCUGAGUAUGACCCCUGGUCUUCGAGAGCAAAUCAAAUGCCAUGUGGCCCAAAUAUUAUUUGUUACUCUAAAGUCUACCCUUUAAAUUCUAACACUGCAAUAUAUACAAUGAAUAUGGUAACACUGUAGAGGGUUCAUUUAUUGCUUUUAUUCAAUAUGACUGUCGCAAAGUUAACCAUGAAGAAAACUCAGACAGUAUGUGAGAUCAGAAGUGAAACGUGCAUAUCAUCCAUCAUUUUGGCCACAUAAAACCGUGAUUCUUCAAUCAGUAAAAGGAUAAUUUGCAAAAUCAUAUUUGAGUACUGUAAUGUAUGCUUCAUUUUAUCAAGCUCUAAUACAUGAUCAUAA